AUGAGCCAAGCUUCGCGGCGCAAGGAUGCAGAUGGCGAGGCUUCUUUCAGGGUUCAGGGUUUAGUCAUGGUUGGAGCGAGUCUGACUUGGCUGGCAUGUAUUUCCUGCGCGACGGCCAGCCAGCGAGGAGCAUCCGAUGAGGCUUUCUGCCGGGACGGCGAGCUUCAUUGGCAGAUCACUUUCCUGCAAGUGGCUGCACACAUCGAUGAAGAGGUUCAGGGAGUGGAGCCUAUCUUUGCGAACAGCUCCCUUGCUUCCAACCGUUCGAGCUUGCCUCUGCAGACAUGGCGUGAAGCCUUGCAAGACCUGUCUCUUCAUGCUGUUAAUGAGAAGUUCAGUGGGAUUAACACCAACGUCGGGCCACCUCUACUCCCGACGAUCACGGAAGAUCUCUGCAAGGUUCUGGUCCUUGGAACCUUUGCGUGCUUCUUCGUGCUCUUCAUCUGCUUGCUGGCCUGUGGCCUGCCGAGGAAAGCGCCGCAGCAUCCGAGCGUCAAGGGCGGCUGUUCCAUGAGUUGGGUAGUCUUCAUGGGGAUGGUCUUCACAUUCACAUAUUUCACCACGGACCAGUAUGUGCCGAGCCUCCCGCAGAUGGGUGUUGAGUUGUCUGGUUCUCAAGCUCUGAUGAGUGCAACGGUACAGCUGAACUUCAUUGUGAAAGCAGUUUCCGGGAUAUUCACUGCAAGCCUGUCGGAUCGUAUCGGUCGAAGACCCACUCUAGUGAUGUGCUUGUUCUUGUUGACGUUAGCGAGCUUCUGCUGUGGAUGUGCUGGUCGUGUGGAAUGGUUUGUUGCUGCACGCGUUCUUCAGGGUGUCGGGGAGUCUUGUGAGCCGGUCAUUUUUGCCAUGACGCGAGACUUCUUCUCAAAGCCUGAGGACAGAUUUGGAGUAACCGCUGCGUACCAGAUCAUGGCGAUCGGUGGCAUGUCAACAGCACCGGUUGCUGGAGGCUUUCUUUCCCAAUUCUUCGGAUGGCGUCUGUCGUUCUUUGUGCUCACUGCGAUAUGGGGCGCGCUCGCGUUGUACGCCUGUAUGAACAUGGUUGAAAGUUGUCCUGAUCAGGAGAGCGAAGACUAUUUGAAAGAUGCCGCGAAGAUGUUUGACUCGCACCUUCUCUGCUUGCUCUUGACUCAAAGCUGUUUGGUGAGCGCAUACUUCUGCUUUAACUCCAAUGUCAGCUACCUUGUCGAAAGAGUGUUCAACAAAUCCUCAGCGACUUCUUCUGUGAUCAUGUUGGCAUAUGCAGUGGCGACGGGCAUUGGCAUUUUCGUCAUGAAGAUGUUCCAGCGAGCAAGUGUUUUUCUCGUUGCCAAGAUCGCCGUGUCGCUUUUUGCUUUGGCCGGCAUCAUGUCUUUCAUCCUUGGAAUCUGCUUCCCUGAAUUUAUUUGGGCAUAUCUGCUUGGCUCAUUUCUGCAAGCCUGUUUUCUUACCGUCUCAGUCAUCUCCGUGAAUGUCUUGUUUUACCAGCCGCUGACCAGUAGUGUCGGGAUGGCUGCGUCCUCGGAUUCCUUCGCAAGGAUGAUUGUCCCAUGCCUUUACUCCAUGAUGGCCACGCAAGCCCUGAUACAUGCCAGCGCCAGUGGCCUCAUACAUUUCCAGGCAGGCGCAUGUAUGGCUGCCGGCUUGGCCUUUGCCGGCUUUGCCUUAUGGCCUCCCAAAUGGGCCACAGAAGCUUCAGAGGCAAAGUAG